AUGGCGACUGCUGUACAGGGACCAUCUCAGGGUUGUGGUUGUAAGGGUGUUCGCUUUUGCGCGCUCUGUGAGAUGUCCGAAAGGGUGCAAAAGUUGAGGAUGGAGGAGGAUAAGUAUUCCGACUAUGAUGUUUAUGUUUUCAAACAAGAGUCUGGUCGAUGUGUGAAGUGCCCAGCACUGACUUCAACUGCUUCGGUAGAGGACAUUCGAGCAGCUGUGUGCUCGCGUAAUUCUGUUGUUCAUGAGGAAAGUAUCUCAAUCGGCGGAUUGAUCGUUGUUCCGGGCUUCUUAACAAGUUCGGAAGAAAAAUAUCUAAUGGAUAUGAUCGAUGCUGUUGACUGGGUGCCAUCACAAUCAGGCCGACGCAAGCAGGACUUUGGACCGAAGGUCAAUUUUAAGCACAAAAAGGUGAAGACGGACACGUUUGUAGGUAUGCCUGAGUAUGCAGACAUGUUACUAGAGAAAAUGCGUGCUGUUUCUGAGGAAAAGUUGGGGAGUUAUGUUCCAUUUGAAAUGUGCAAUUUGGAGUACGACGAAAGCAGGAAAAGCGCCAUAGAGAUGCAUUUUGAUGACACAUGGAUUUGGGGUAAUCGUCUGAUCAGCAUCAACUUGCUGAAUGAUUCCAUUAUGACGCUAGCGAACGAAAAAAGUCGACAGCUUUGCUACAUAUGGAUGGCUCGUGGGUCUCUAAUAUGUAUGUCCGACGAGGCGAGAUAUGAGUGGAAACACGCUGUGUUGUCGCAUCACAUUCGUGGAAGGCGAAUAGCUCUCACUAUGCGUGAGCCGUCUGAGGCAUUUCAGGAAGGCGGUGAGCUCUACGAGAGGUACGGGAAGCAUCUGAUCGAACUGAGUGGCAUCCGUGUACCGAUGAGAAAGGCUUGCUCAUGA